AUCAAGAUUUGAAGUCGAACUGAAUAGCUCAUAGAAAAUGACACUCACAAGAACUCUUACAAAACUGGAGUAAAGUUUGGUUUAAAAUUCAACAGCAGACUACACAGUCACAGUGGUGUUUUUAAAGUCUUUACCUUCCAGAUAUUUAAUAUAGAUUUAGAUUCUAGAUCUAGUUAAAAUUCCGGCUGUAUUUACGAUAGUGUCGAUAGUAGGAUCUGAGAAAUAUUUUUGUUAGUAUAACUAAUUUAUAACCGUCUGUUAACUUCGAAUGUAAUAAAUCUUAAACACCUGCUUGCUAAACAACUACGGCGUGCCAAGAAGUAUCAAGUAGGCCUAUUAUUUGGUGUUUCACUCUUAUAGCAUUACAUAUUGACUAAAGAACUGUGGCGCUACAGCCCAUGGAGGGAUCUGGCCUGCUUCAACACAUCCUUCCAUUGAAAUCUCUCCUGGGCCUUUGUAUCCACGUCCUAACCCCAAGCUGUUACAGAUCUGCCUCCACAUCAUAAUGUUAGUAGAUCUGUUUCAUCAUCAUGGUUCUUUGUGGAAAUCGUUGCCAGGCUCUCAUAAGUCUGUAUUCUUUUAGACUUUGAUGGAUGAAACUAACUAUUUCAAAGGCCACAUGCUGUAGAAGUUGUCUUCCUUGUAGUAGCCUGCUGGUAGCAAGAAGACAUGUCUAGUCAUUACAGCUCUUCCACAAGCUCUCUGAGCUCUGGUGCCGACAUCAACCUGUUACCUAAGCACAGGAUCAAGUGCUUGACUGACCAAAUCAAAGUUGGGAGCCAGAAUUUCCAAUCAGCUACAGAUGCUCUCACAACCUACUUACAACAGUUUGAGGAACUCUCCAUCAAUGGCAAUCUGAAAAAAUUGGACAACUUCCUGACUAGUCCACUCUUGGAAGCUUAUCUGGCUGAGAAAAGACCCAUCAAGAAAGACAGCUUAACUUUAACUGGAGCUGGGCAAAAGUGCAAUCACUCUAAAGCCAUUGAAGAUGUGGAGAGCCUACUUACUUCCAAGGUUGAAAAGCCUCUCAAAGAUGAACUAUCAGACUCGGAGUACCAGAGUAGAUUGGCACAACUUUUGCAACAAUCUUCAUCUCAAAAACAGCCAAAAACUGGACUUCAAGAAGAAGUUGAAGCUGCUUUAUUAAGAUCUGCAAAACUUUUAGAAAAAGUUGGCCAGGACAAUAAACAAUCACCACAGACAACAGCUUCAAGUGAAAUAAGUAAUGUUUCGACAGAGUUACUUCUAGCCAAUUCUUCCUUUUACCAAUCAAACAAUUUAGAACUUCCAGAGAAUCACAAUAAACAUAAUUAUUCAUAUCAUGUCAAGAAAUCACAACCUCGAUUGCUCUCAACCAAUACUCAUGCACCGAUUUCUUACACUAACCUUUAUCGGUCUCGUGAAAGAAAGAAACGUUCUUCAAUCGGUGCAUUAUUAUCUUCUUUACAGCGUUCUAACUCACUGUCUUCAGCUUUGUCCAAACAGCAAAAUAAAACUAUUUCCGAAGGAUCUCUUCGUUGUCGCUCAGCUUCUCCAGCUCCUACAAGAGAAACCAUUACUCUACAUAAAAGCAUUGUUCCUAGCUGGAUAAAAGAAGAAAACACUUCUGAUAUUUCUGACUCUAUCUGGCAGCCAAAAGUUGAUGGAAUGUUAAACUUCCCAAGCUCAUACAGUCUACACAGUGUGCCAUCAGUUGGCCUUAAGUCUCAGCUGAAUGCAGAUUCUCAAACAGGGAUACAACUCACUGACUUGGCAACAAGCACUGUCUAUACUCCUAGCCUAGAUACUAGUUCUCUAGGCAUUGAUGGUCUACAUCACAGACCAAUAACUAAGGAGCCACAGAAACAUUCAACACCUCUGACCUACUUGAAUAAUAGGUCAACCACCAAACACCUACUUCAGAGUAAAAACUUGAGCAAUGAUUUGCAAACUGAGGAGUUUCUGAACAGUGUCACUCUUCCACAAACAGCAAAGUUAAAGCAGUCUCUUGAAGACUUAACAUUUUCAUCUGAAAACUAUCAAUGCCACAGACCUGUUUCUCCCAGUUCAUCAGAUUCAAGUCUUGACACUCUGUCCCUACUUGCUGGUAGAACUAAACCUACUGUCUCAUCAGCCAUCAAUGGAGCAAGUGGAGGAGGUCCUGGAGUAACAUUCUCUCCAGAUUAUGAAUCAGAAGGAUUAGAUGGGGAUAGAUCAUGGGAGAAAGUUACUAACUAUAAAGCUCCAGUCCAUAUAGAAAACAUUGAAACAGAAAACAGUGCACUCUCUACUAAUGGCCAGAUGGCUCAUGAGAACUUCCAAGGAACUUUUUCAGGACGAAAACAGCCAGGCAGCAUGGAAGCAUUGAAAAACAUGCUUUUUAAAUUACAAGCUGAAGAAAAGUCCACACGCAGUCAGCAUACAAAGGCUGAAGAGAGAUGCGAAGUAGAGUCUCAAAAUCUAACAGACAAUGAAGUCAACUUACCAGCAUUGCAAGAUUAUGAUUUUAGUCAAGAACCUGGAGGUCAUUCGCUAGAACAGGCACUUAUCCAUUUAAAUCGUUUGAAAGAACUGGUCAAGAGUACACAAGUUGCUACUGGGUCUGCUUUAAAAAUCUAAAUGUAUCCAUUUUUGUGAAUAAUUUUUAAUGACAUUAAUUGUGAAAAUUGAAAGAAAGAAAAGAAAAAAAUUAAAAGUAUUUUGAUACUUGGCCACUUAAAAAUUGAAAUUUCAGGAAUGUAGUAUAGCAUGUUUUGUUUGAUAUUUGUAUAAAGUGAAUUACUAGAUCUAUUACCAUGUGGACUUCUGUUUGUAUCAGUAUCUGUGAUUCAAAGCUGGAUAUCAAAAUCAUUUAAAUUGCCAUCUAUUCCAUGUUGUUCUAGAUAGAUUACAUUAUCAAAUACAGUUUCCUAUGCAGUUGUGAUGUGUUAUACUUGUACAUAAUAAAGAUUAUUAUUAUUAUUUCCAAUUGGGAUGAUAGAUUUAAUGGAUUCUUUUUCCCUACAUGAACAUGAUACACUCUAUAAUGAAUAAUGCACAAAAAUCAAUCCAUGAUUGGGAAUUCCAAACAUUUGAAUUAAAUAAAUCCAACAAGAAUAAUUAUGUAUUUGAAUCACACUAUUGAAUUCACAAUGAAAUAGCUUUGUUCAGCAAAACUAGAUAAAAUAAGCAACUAAUGAACCCUUCCACUCAAUACUAUUCUUUUUAUACUAUUUCACCAGUCCCUUAGAUAUUUCUAGAGAAUGCACUGUUAGAUCACGUGAAGUUUCUGAUCUAAUUCCAGCUGUACUAGUCAUUACUUUAAAGUUUAAAUAAAUGAACACAUAAUAAAUAAUUGAUGUCCUAAACUUUUCCCUUCUUAACAAUACCAGAACAUUUUAGGGAAUAACAUCAUUCUAAUGACAAUUUUCACGUGAACAAGGUUAGGUCAUCUGUGCCUAAUACUGUUGACAAUCUAAACCCUAAACAGCUCUUCUUCAUGUGUUACCUUUGAAAAACAUAUAGGGUCAGUCUGUACUGACCAUUCAAGUGUUAGCUCUUUGUAUGCAAUAAAACUGACCAACUGACCUCCAGUAGUAAAAUUGCUGCCAGAGUAAAACUGAAAAGCAGCCAAUAAUAACAUUAAGAUUACACCAGUAUAUUGUGACAUGUUACAUUGAAUCAGAUAACAUUUGUGAAAGCAAUGCUUAAGAAUAAGGCAGUUUUUAUAAGUAUUUGUAUGUUCAAGUUUAUAUCCCUCUGUGCUACAAGAAUUAAAAAUGGAAUCUAUUGGCCAACAUAUUUAUGAACAAGUAAAUUAUGUUUAUAUCUCUAUUGCAUGGCAAGGUCAAGGCUUGUCAGUUUUAUGAUUAUUUCAUCAUAACAAUACUGAAAAGAAUGUGACUGAGAAAUUGGUUCAGUCUACACACACAUCUAAUUUUAAUCUCUGUUGCUUUUUAAUAUUUGAUUUUUAGCACAUCUGCACAUUUUAAAAUCAGAAAUGUGAAGCAUGCAGGCAACUAAUGUCAGGUACAACUGUAUAGACUCCCAUUGUAAAUAAAUCAUUAGUGCCCUUAACUUAUCUUGGUUAAUAUUUAUAUUCUUCCACUGAAAGAUUGUUGGACUUAUAGUGUUAGUAUAAAAGCCAUUGUCUGGUGGCAAGGUGAUUGACUUAAACAAUCUCUAAAACUUGUAGCAUAUUGAACUCCUAUAGCACUAGAUGUAUAAAUAUAACUUUUAGUAAAAAUUAUUUCAAAAGGAAAACUGGACUUUUUAAACUUUUAACAUUCAAGUACUAUGUGCAAAAACUUAAACAAUUACUAAGUUUAAGUUGCAUUAAGCACAUUAUUAGUAUAAUUUGUUUUGAUUGCAUCUAUACCACAUAUCAGUUGGAAUCAAUUAGGGUGGUUGCAAUAGUUUUUGUAAGCAGCUGUAUUUAGGUAUAAAUAACUUUUUUUUUUUGAGAGCCUACUGCUUAUAUUACAUUUUACAAAAUUUGUUAUAUACAUUUUAUUGUAGCAUACAUUUAUUUCAUGUAAUUUGUUUAUUAUUAUUCAUACAGUAUACUGAUUUGAUAAUAGCACAUAAGCAUCAACGAAUGUAUUCAAUUUAUUUUGUAAACAUUAAUGUUAGAUUUCCAAGUCUCAAAUUUUUUUAAAUUUUGUUUUAAUUGGUUACUGGAAAUGAUUUAAAUAAAAUAAUAUUUUUAGA